UAGUCUCACUUCACACAAGCUCCGAUCAGUUUUAUACGUUAGUCUACAGUUUUUAUAUAACAGGGACGGAAACCUGUAUCAACAAAUUGAUGUCUAGACUCGGAAGAUAUUCUAAAUGUUCUGCUCCGCAUCGUUUAAUGCACUCUGCGGCGUGGGAGUGCCACGUCCGAACUUCCAGCGCCUAAUUGAAUACGUCGAGCCGGAACAGGAGAAGGAGGUCAAGGUGGAGACGGAGGUCAUGGUGGAGGAGGAGGUCAAGGUGGCGAAUCCGACGAAGCUGGUGUGGCGCCGGCAGCAACUGAGUACCGGUUUCCCGCCCAGCGAGAUGCGCAUACGCUGUCCAGGGGCCUAUGUGCUCGCCACCGUCGUGGGGGUGAAUCCGCAAACCGGACAACCAAUCGCCCAGGGUGUCACUUAUCACCGGACCCUGUUGACCGGACACUGUAGGCCGCAUCCGUCGGUUAGUCGGCGACCCAAGCUCAUGGACAUUCGACAGGUACGCCUAAGUCGGGAGUGCUCAGCUAAGAGGAAGGUCGUUUGGAAGCGUCCUAGCAUCAGCCGUGGCCGUGUUCCCCGCAGGGUGCGUGCUCAGAUGGAUUUCGCUAAGCAAAUGGCAAAGGAAGGAAAGCCUUUGCAUCGCACUCCGGUGCACCACACGGCUGCGCAGACGGAGAAGGAGCAGGAGAGGAGGAAGCUAACUCAUGACAAGGCGACCUCCGUGGCCAGUUUCUUCAGCACAAGUAUUGCAAACCGAUCCGCCGAAGAGUACAUGCCCAUAAAAGAAUCGUUAGUCAAAAUCGAUUCCCUCUCCGGAAGUGCAUACGUGCUCGACCUUGAGCUCAGACGUGUGCUGACCAAGUACAGGGUGUCUGCCAGCCAACUGUCCAAAAGACUGCAUCUCCUUGUGCUGGACGAGCUACCCGACAGCCAGGUGGAGGAGGGCAGCACCCAGAUCGCGACCUCCAGAAAGGCCAGUACAACGUCUCAGGCAAAAACGCUGAAUGCUCGUGAGGAUGGGUCAACGCAAGCAGUGGAUAACUCCGAUUCCAAGAGCUCCAGUCUGGCCACCGACUCCCAGGAAAACCACGAACUAUCCACGGCGGCAGGUCUCACGGCGGCAUUCGUUCGGCGACAGGAGCUGUUCCAGCUCCUGGCCAAGAAGCGAUAGCCGUGGUGCAGGGAAGGGCGGCACGUUCUUUAAAUUUUGUAGUGAAUAAAGUAUGUAUGCAUGUUUUUAA